UUGCACUACUGGGCAUGGUGGAUAGCUCUUGUGUUCGCCGUGUUGACCUGCUUGAUCUCUGGCCAGCUCAUCAUGGCGCAUCUGGAGAAAUAUGAGAAGCCAGAUGUGCAGAAGUAUGUUGUCAGAAUCUUAUUCAUGGCUCCGAUCUAUGCUAUCGAUGCCUUUCUGAGCCUGACGUUCGACAAUGCUGCGCCCUUCCUCAACGUCUUGAGAGACUGUUACGAGGCUUUUACACUUUACAACUUCAUCAAGAUGCUGUAUGAGUUGCUCGGCGGUGAGAGGACUGUGAUCGAGAUCAUGUCCAAGAAGAAGCAGAGCCGUGGGCUAUGGGGGAUGAGGUGGGAAGGAAGAGGGCCGAUGAAAGCUCUUAUGUUUUACAACUGCAAGUUUGGAGUCUUGCAGUACAUCGUUAUCAUCCCCAUAUGCGCCAUCGUCACCUUCAUCACGGUAGCGGUGAGUUGUCUCCCGAGGGUGUCCCGCCGACGUGCCUUGUGGGCGAUUUAUUGCCUCAUCACUUUCUACCUGUCGAUGCAAGAGGAGCUUGAGGCCUCUGUGUCGAACGCCCUUGGGAAGUUUCUGGUGGUGAAGGCAGUUGUCUUCUUGUGCUUCUGGCAGGGCGUUGCGCUCAACCUGGUCCUCAUCAUCGGCUACAUCCCUGAGACGACUCAGUACUCGGCGAAACAUUUCGUGGGGGCGAUCGAGCAGUGGCUGAUUUGCAUGGAAAUGCUUAUCAUCGCCAUCUGCUUCUAUCUUGUGUACCCGGUGGAGGAAUUCACAAACAAGACUGAGAUGCAGACACGGACCUACGGGAGCACGGGAAAGAAACAGGAGGAGGGCACGAGUUUUGUAUGAUAGGAGGGGCAGCAACUAGGUGAGGUCAAGAUUCAUUCAAGUCGCCGAUAAAGCCUAAUGCUGAACUU